UCAUGAAACUCUGGUGUUCUGGGGUUCUCAGAAUUCAUUUGUCUCAAAAUUUGUUCACUUUGAAUGCUGUAUGGUGGUCUUGCCAUCAUGAUGGUCAUUAGUUUUUUGUGCUUUUUUUCUGCCAGAUCGGCUGUUGGGAUUGGGGAUUUAUCCAGUGCUUUUCUUGAUGAAGGGGGGUGUGGGUGGGCUCAGGGUCAGGCAGUAUUCCCUGUCUAAACUUUUCAUUCAGAGGAGUAGAUCAUAUCACUAUCAUAGCUUUUCUUCAUUUUCUCUUUUCUUCUUUUUGUUAUAUGAAAUAAGCUUCAGCUUGUUGAAGUUUGCAUUAUUUGGUAGACAUAGCUAUAUAGACAUAUACUGAAGUUUCUUGAUUUUUUCUAAUUUUUAGUACUUAAUUUUUUAGGGCUUUUGCAGUUUCACAUCAUUCAGCAUGUGGUUACAUUGAUAAGGAUAGGGUUUGGAUCAGUAAAUAAGAGGUGCGAAACUGCAUUAACGUCCUCAUUUCUUAUUGUGAGUUUCUUAGAUAAAAAAAUGUGCAUCCACACGACCUUGUGCAUUCACAAUUAUUUAAGAAAUUAACUUACUUAAGCAGAUAUUAAUAACAAUAUGUUAUGGAUAUAUAGUCUAAAGCCUUGUCUGUCAACAUUAAAGAGCAGUGGCAAAUCAAUUCCCUAGAUAUCAAUUUUAAAUAAAUACGAUUCAAGGCCUACAAAGCACAAAACAACUCGAUUAGGUCAGUAACUGGCGCCUUUCAGAAUUCUCUGCUUGCAGUCUAUAAACCUCGGUGUCUUUAACUGCAAAAGCCCUUGAUGUAUCAGAAAUGAACACCUACCUUUGAAUCACUCUGAUCUAACUGACUAACAUCAUCCAUUGCCAAUUAAAACACCUUCUAGAGCAGCGAAGCAAAUGUUUGCACUAGAUCCAUUUUGGUUCCCGCCAAUUCAACAAAACCAAAGCUCUGAGAUGGGCUGAAACGAGGCCGAUUUAACCUCGUGUCUAACCAUAAAAAAUUGAAAAUUCAUCAAAACAAGAAGACAACAUUGAUUCAGGCCCGAAGCCAAGAUAAUAUAUCACCCCUUGAUCAAGACGAUACUAGUUGUUUAACACCCCGAUAAUCUAGACUUUUUCUAGUCAUUCUCAUGGGAUAGUCAUGACAAUUUGAGUCUCACACUGGGGGAAGGAAAAGUGUUUACUGGGUCUCCCAUGUCGGACUUAAGAUAGUGCUUAAGAUAGUAUCUUAAGAUAGAUGAAUGAAUUUGAGCGUUACCCGAAGUAGCAUCUUAUUUAUGCCACAGAAUAGAGAAUGUAAUCUCUAUUCUGUAUUUGUGUCAAUGGUUAAUCGCUCAUCACCAUACAAAAUGAAUUUGAGUAAAACUUCUUUUGAAAGAAACGAGAAACCAUGAGGGAGCAAAAUUGCAUUCACACUAUUGAGAAGAUCAGAUCUAGGCACAUUAUACGAAUUACAGAUCAGCAGGAAAUGUUCCUUGUCCUCUACCCCAUCAUUUGCGGGACACAAAGGGUUGAAUGUAUCUCUAAAGUUAUGCCUCACUUUAUGAUAAUUUAGUUUGCUCAGUCCUACCCGUAACUGAGUAAGAAUAGCUAGACCUUUUGGAUCAUGAAUACCGUAUACUACAUAGUUUAGGAGUGGGUCGGAUAAGUUUCGAUAAUUUUGUUUUAAAAAAACUUGGUGGAGGUGAUAACAUAAUCUCUGGGUCAUCCUUGUCUGAGUGUGUUCCAUUCAGAGAGACAGUCGGGGUAAAAGCUGGUCUUAAAUCUUGUCGUUCUUAUCUGCUCAACUACAUACAUCUGCAUUACGAAAAGAAUACAUAGCUUGUGGUGAUUGUGGAAUAAGGUAUCUUGUGUACUCAGGGGUACCAUAUGAUUAUUCAGUGAGGUAUCUUGUCUGAAAUCGCAUUUUGUGGGUGGGAUGUGGCCGCAUAUACAAUUUAUACAAGUCAGUUAAAGUGCUGCGGGGCAAAUACUUUGAAAUAAAUUUUAUUAUUCCUAUUCCGUGUCUACAUUAUAGUAUAAUUGACUGGAUGUGACUGGAUGUGACUGGCAAAAGACAAUUUAGAAUCAAGCAUGAUGGCAAGAUGUCUAUGUUCAUUCAUUUUGAUGACUGGGAUGUCAUUGAAUAGAAAUGGUGGAUGAUCGGCUCAAAUUUUCUUUAUUGAAAAAGUCACCGCAACUGCUUGUUUAGUUGGAUCAGGAUUAAAAACCAUGCGCCAAGUAUGUGCAAACUUUUGAUGAUGUAAAGAUCAUGAUCCAGGUGUGAAGCAGCCUGAUCAGAAUUAUGAACAAUGGUGAAGAGUGAGGUAUCAUCAGCAAACAGUUUGACAUUACAUUUAAGAUUAUCAGUCAAGUCGUUGAUGUACGCAAGGAAGAAAAGUGGGUCUAAGAUGGAGCCUUGAGGGACGCCGGAGGUGACUGAACUCCGUUCCGAUGUUUUACCAUUCAAAACUGUCCGCUGUUUUCGAUUUGCAAGGAAGUCUUUGAUGAGUGAAAGUAAAUUUCCAGAAACACCACAACGACGAAGUUUAUAAAUAAGAUCUUCAUGCCAAACCCUAUCAAAUGAUUUGGAUUGUCAAGAUAGACGGAUCGAGCAUCAAGGGGUGCAUUGCAAUCAAAGGCAGUAAGUAUUGUAUGAAUAAUAGACAGUAGUUGGUGUGUCGUGGAGUCAUAGAGCAAACACUACUUUGGCAGUUCAAUCAGAAAAAAAUGCAGAAGUGUCUGCUGUAACAGGGUGGUCAGGGCAUUUUAAAAUCAUAAAUUAUGUGAAAAACAACUUGGGGACAAUAUGCAAACUAUAUAGCUAUUGUUGCUCCGUAGGUUUGUUUCCAAACUGAGCAACAAUAAGUGAGUUGUGGCUCAACAACUCCUUCUUUACACCUCCUGAAGGUCACUUGAAGGCAGAAAUUCCUUGGCUUAAUGAGAUCAUACUGUUUAGCCUUAACUGGUUGAAAUGGCAAUCUCAUUUGCGUAUGUCAGCAAUUUGAGCUCCCUGAAAAUUUUAUUGGUUAUCGUAUGUUAGGUUUCUACAUGUCACAAAGUUUGUGAAACAAAAGCCAAGUAGACCUCUGAACAAACUAACAAGCGUAAGAAAAUACCCAAAGAGUAUAAUCUUUGGCUUCUAGAAGAAUUCAGUUCCCCAAAAACGCCAGAUAUUUUUUAGCUUCAGUAUACCUGUAAUGAUGAAAUUGAAAAUCAACGUGAAAAUCCUCAAUUUUUUUUUCAAACUUUGAUUGCGAAAUUUUUAGAAUCGUUGCAUUUGGAAGUAGUUUCGAACAGAUGACGAACUUUCGAGAGCGUUCGAAGUAAUCACUCGAAUAUUAAGAGCAUCGAAAACAAAAUUUAGGCAGUUUCAUUCUUAUUGAAAGCAAAAGCUAUCGGAUUGAUGCUGUUUUCUUGAUCAGCUCAAUACAGCAAUGGAGGAAAAUCCAAAUGGGCAAAGAUACGGGAUUAUCGACAGUCAAUUGAUAGAAAACGUUUCGAAUAUACUGGGAUUUGAUACAGGAAGGCUCAAUAGCACUCAGAAUUCAGAAUAUUGGAAAGCGAAGUUCGAGGAGGCCGAUGGAACCCUUCAAAGCUGUGAAAAGAACAAAAAAAUUGUUGAAAAGCAAAAUGAAGACCUCAAGAAUGAAAAUAAACAAACUCAAAAAGCAGUUGAUGAUGCUAAAAUGGCCAUGGCGAAACUUUGUGCAAGAAACGAGAUUCUCGAAGAGCAGUAUAAGAAAAAUGAAGAAGAAAGAAAUGAUCAAUGCCAAAAGAUUACUUACCUUGAGAAAGAAUUGAACUUGCAGAAAGAGAUUGUGGAAAAAAUGGAGCGGAAACUGAACGAAAGUCAAGAGACGGUAAAAGAAGAGAUUGCUUUGAGAAAAAAUCUAGAAAUUGUGAAUGAAAAAACUAGCCUGAAAGUUGAUUCACUUGAAAAGUACGUGGAAACUCUCAUUGAUAUAAAACAGUUGUAUGAAACAAGGAUUCGAAAUUCUGAUACAGUCAUUGCUAAAAAGGAAAAUGAGGUAAAAGAAGUCACAGAAAAGCACUUUAUACAAACUAAAAAGUUCGAAGAAUUGGAACAUGAUGCUGAAAAAUUACAAAAGGAUAUUCAAGAUAUUUACGGUAAAUUCGAAAGUUGUUGCAAAGAGAGGGAUACAACUGAAAUGAAAUUCAAUGAGUUGCGUGAAGUUUAUGCGACAAACAGCGAUAAGUUAUCAGACGAAUGUUAUUCCCUUAAUGUUUCACUCCAAAGAGCUUACAAUGACUGUGAGGUUUAUUGCAAAAGAAUAGAGGAGUUAGAAGGGACGCUUGAAGGAUUGCAUGACACAAGGUCCUUGCAUACAGAAGAAAUUGAUAUUCUGAAAACGCAAGUGAACGAUAAAGACGACCAGAUAAGCAAAUUCAAAAAGAAAGAGACAGAACUUAAGGACAGACAGUCAGAAUUGGAAAUACAGAGUGAUGAGCAAAAGGAAGAGAUACGAAAGCUGAGAGAAAUGUUUGACGUGGAGAAAGCAAAGAAUGAAACUUUAGAACACAUGUGUGGGCAGAAAGUCAGCGAUUAUGAUGAUUAUGUUAGCAAGUUUAAAGAUUUGGGCAGACGGCUUCAGAUGCUUGAAACUAGAUUGAAAGAGGAAAAAGAAACGCAUUCGACGACAUCAGAAGUUAAAGAAAUGUUACUUCGUGAAAAUAAGGAGUUACAACAGAAAUUAAAGAUACUUCAAGACGAUUGUGACAAUAAUGAAAAGAAGGUAAAUGAUCUAACAAGAAGCUUGAUUCUAGCGCAGGACGAAAACGCUAAGCUCAAAAAGGCAGUAGAGGAAACAUCUGAGGAUGCAUCAAAGCAAACAAAUAGCUGUCAAGAGCUGACAGCAAAGAACCAGUGUCUAAGUGCAGUGAAUGAGGAAAACGAGCAAGAGAUUGCUGCUUUGAAGAACCAUUUGGAGAAACUAAAAAAUCAAUUAUGGACUUUACGAGAAAGGAGCAUCGAGGUGUCGGCAGCAGCUGAUGUUAUCGAGAAGUUCAAAGAACGAUGUUAUGUUUUGAAUGAGGAGAAGAAUGAGUUGUUGGCUGAGCUAGAGAGGCUGAAGGUCGACAGAUGCAGGCUUACGAGAGUGAAUGAAGAACAGAGAGAGGCGAUUUGGAAGGCAAGACAGGGCCAAUCUGUGUCGCAGUCACGGAUAAAGGAUUUGGAAACAGCUGUUUUUGAGCUAAGGGAAGGCAAAGAAAUGGCACUUCAAAAAGUUGAACAAUUACAAAGGGAUUUCACAGAGCAUAUAAAGGAUUCCGAGCAAAGGUGGGAACAGAAACUCAAGGAAAAAGAAAUCGAGUGCGAAAAGCAGUUGAAACGAAAAGAGGCAAACGAAAUUCUGAUGAGACGAAUGGACGAUCAACUGAAGCAGAAAGAGGUACAAUUAGAAGUGAAGCGGGGUGAACUGAAGAGGAUGUUGGUCCAGUGUGCAGAUUUGAAGAACGAUAAAAUGAGGUCCGAGAAGAAAAUCGAAUCCUUGCAAUUAACGGAGAAGACUCUUACCGGGAAAGUAGAGAAGCUGGAACCACGUCUAAGCAAAUUAGAAGAAAGAGAAGGGGAGCUUAUAACGAUGCUCAAGCAAAAAGAAGUGGAAAAUAAAAGCAUUAAUGAGAAAUGGGAAAAACUAGCGACAGCAGGAGUUGAAGAAAUCGCAAAGGCAAUCUGGGAUUGAGGCUGGGUGAGAUUAAUUUAUUACUAUAUUUGUUACGAUAGACUUUUUGUUAUUCAAUAUUCAAUUCUAUAAAUUUCAAUACUUAUGACUAAAUAAUUAUUUCGAAAACCUGCAGUUUGGUACACAUUCAGUUUUAGUAGCAUGAAAAGCUUAAGUAAAUAAGGCCUCAUGCUUUGCUGAAAAAUUGCCAAUCCGCCUAUUAAUAUAUCUUGUUCUUUCAUCUUAAGUUGUUGAACUUAAAUUCUUGAAUGAUUUUUCACUGCUCCUUUUGGCAUGGCAGAUAAACUAAACCGUUCAGUAUAAACUUUGCUUUAGCUAGCAACCAGGAUCUAGAACAGCAUUUGACAGUUCUUCAUAUUUCGAAUGACAAU